AUGCGGUAUUCUAGUUUUGGUGUGUAUUUGAAUUGCAAUUCAUUUUGUAAAAGGUCUUCUAAUUCUACCUUAACAAUGAUCGCGCAUUGGAUGCCAUGUAAAAUCGAAACAAACGGGAUGAAAGUUAAUUCCGAACUUCAAUGUCUAGAAACAUUAAAUAAUGAAUCUGGUGCAUUGAGUAAUCAUGUACUGGUUUCAAAUUUCCGUGGUAGACCAUUACGAGGAGUUCAACUCAGUUUCCCAGACAGUUACUCACCAGUGGUUGUUCACCAUAGUGGUAUCGUGUCAGACGUUGGAACAGAACCAAUAAAAUUUGGGGCUAAGCUCGAUAAAAUAUUCCUAUGGAAUUUGUCUACACCACCAACUUCCUCAGACCCUAUACCAUUAUCUCUCACUUGGCUUCAUUUGGCUAGCAUUUUGCAUUCAAGCUCCUAA